UGCAGGAGGGUUGGGUGGGGGGCAGGGACGCUUUCUGCACUGCCACAAGCCCUGCCCGUCUACACCGGCUGGUCUGCCCUGCUGACUCACACAGACGGUUCACUACGGGCGCACCCCAGCCUUGGCAUAUCCGGACUCGAGGUCGUUAAUAAAGGGUGGAAAAUUCCUUCCACAUCCGUCCCCUUGUUUAUGUCUCUGUCUCCGCGGCUCUCCCCGGACGGAGAUUUCCUUGGAGAAUAACUCGGGCCGCGCAGUCUUGGGGCCGGGCGAGUUUCCGCGCCAGGGCUGGUGCCUCGGGCGGAGCCGGGUGUCUCUUUAAAUGCGCUCUGCAGUGUGACGGCGGCCGCCCGGCUGGAGGAGCCGUCCCCACCCUGCGGCAGGAGCCCGCCCGCCGCCAUCGCCCGCCCCGGUCCCCAUGGUUACGCGCCUGCCUCCGGCCGCCCGGGUCCCCGCUGUCGCCGCGGGAGGCGCGCGCAGAGGCGGCGGUGCUGCUGGCCUGGCCGGGGCCGCCAGUGCGCGGGGCUGGGACUCACCGGCCGGCGCCGCAGCCCCGCAAUCUGUUGAUAACUCGCCUCCGGCCCCGCCGCGGCCCCAGCGGAUGGAGAGCGGGUCCCCGGCGCGGGGGGCGCAGCGUGUCGGCCUCGGGGACGGCGGCCCGGCCGCCCCUGCAGCUGCUUCGGCCGAGGCAGAUGGGAGCUGCUCCGGGACCGCGGCCGCCCCGCCACGGUCACCCUGAGGCCCUGGCCCUGGAGUGCGACCUCCUGCCCGCUGUCUGGGACUUUGACCUUCCGGAGGCCAUGGAGGCCGGAGGGGAGACGGGCGCGACCUAACGGCCUGGACGCCUCCUCCCGCGGCGCUCGCUCUCCAGUAACUUUGCAGCGCUCAUGGAUCUGAAGACCGUGCUCUCCCUGCCCCGGUACCCAGGGGAGUUCCUGCACCCCGUGGUGUACGCCUGCACGGCUGUCAUGCUGCUCUGCCUGCUGGCCUCCGUCGUCACCUACAUCGUGCACCGGAGCGCCAUCCGCAUCAGCCGCAAGGGCCGGCACACGCUCCUGAACUUCUGCUUCCACGCGGCCCUGACCUUCACAGUGUUCGCCGGUGGCAUCAAUCGCACCAAGUACCCCAUCCUGUGCCAGGCGACCACAGGUCGUGGCAAAGCGCCAGGAGGCCACGCCCCCCACCGAGGCCUGGGCCCAGCAGAGGAGGCGCUGGCACCCGCCUGAAGGCAGCUGAGGCCGGACACACCUCCCUCCUCCUUAACUGUUCCUCUGAUAAGCUGGAAACAACCACAGCAAGUGCCCGGGAAACACAAUUGACAUCCGGCCUGUGAGUGCCUGCAAGGGGCCAUUUGGAGGUGGGGCCGGGGACCGCCACCGCCAGGUCUGCACGCUGGGAGGAAGCCUGCCGGAACCGCGGGCAGGGACGCCACCCAGGGCCUUCAGCAAAUCCUCCCUGUGCCUUGGGGACGCCCAUCACUUUCUCAGUCUCAGCCUGCCUGAGUGGAGCUCCUGGGGCCAGGACCUGCGGUGACAGCCUGGGGUGGCUGCUGGGGUGUUGGGGCCGCAGUGGGGCUGGUCUGGAAGGUUCCAGAGGGGUGCGAUCUUGGAGGAGAUCUUGUUAAGGCAAAAGCCUUCGGGAGGCGAUGAGUGGAAAAGACUGUGGCUGAUUUCCAGAUGCUGCCCUGAUCUCCCAGAGAGCACCGUUCACUCACUCAGUCACUCAGUCAGUCAGUCAGUCAUUCACUC